UGUCGCUGCAGGCGGCGGUCGUCUCCGCUCCUCCUGCGGAUUUAAACUUCCUUCGGAAGUCUGCUAGUCCUCUUCUACCAGGCCGAUCCAACAUGGGACGAGUCAGGACCAAGACGGUGAAGAAGGCCGCUAGGGUCAUCAUCGAGAAAUACUACACCCGGCUGGGCAACGACUUCCACACCAACAAGAGGGUGUGCGAGGAGAUCGCCAUCAUCCCCAGCAAGAAGCUCCGCAACAAGAUCGCCGGGUAUGUGACACAUCUGAUGAAGAGGAUCCAGAGGGGUCCAGUCAGAGGAAUCUCCAUCAAGCUGCAGGAGGAGGAGAGAGAAAGGAGGGACAACUACGUUCCAGAGGUGUCUGCUCUGGACCAGGAGCUGAUUGAAGUUGAUCCCGACACCAAGGAGAUGCUGAAGCUGCUGGACUUCGGCAGUCUGUCCAACCUGCAGGUGACCCAGCCCACCGUCGGCAUGAACUUCAAGCAGCCCCGAGGAGUCUAGACGUCUGUAAAGUAUCUUCCUAAUAAAAACCCUUUGGGACAAAAAACCCCGGCUGUUGCAGGACUGUUGAUUUGUGGACAUUUUUCAGUUUUAACUCCUCCAAACUUUGUGCUUUUAAAUUAUCUUUUUGCAUCGGUGUAGCUAGAAAGACGGGCUUUAAAUAAACGAGGAGAAAAAUGGAACAGUC